CCUUGGUGGGAAGAGAAUCUUGUGGUGGGGAUGACUUCAAAUAGGACAUUCAUUUUCUACGGCAAUGCAUUUACGUCGUUGCUACCGUUCCUUACGUGUCAAGGAUGAAGCUUCAACAAUUUUUAGGAAUUUUUUUGAGUAUAAUCAGUCUCGCAUUAGCGGACGUAGCAUCGAAAUUCAAAGAAGCGAAGAUUCAACCUGAUAUAUUGGAUUCCGUUCCCACUGAAAAAAUCGAGGUGAAGUAUGGCAAGAAUACAAUUGAUCUGGGAACCGAAUUGACCCCAACUCAAACUCAAGAAAUUCCGGAGAUUCAUUAUAAACAUGUGGGAGGACUUCUUUAUACUCUUAUUAUGACAGAUCCCGACGUACCAACCAGAGGAUACAACAGAGAGUUCCGUCAUUGGAUAGUUGGAAAUAUACCAGAGGAAAAUGUCGCUAAAGGUGAAAUACUUGCCGAAUACGUAGGGCCAGCUCCACCUAAGGAUACCGGAAAGCAUCGUUAUGUUUUCCUUAUUUAUAAACAAAAUCAAGGCGCCAUUACAUUCGACGAGAGAAGAUUGAGUAAUCGGGAUGGCAGAUUCCGUGGUAGAUUUUCAACGAAGAAGUUCGUGGAAAAAUAUAAUUUGGAGGGACCGAUAGCAGGGAACUUCAUGAAAGUGGAAUACGAUGAUAACGUGCCUUCUUAUCACAAGCGUUUAGGAUUGUAGAGAGCUUUUGCAUUAUUUUCUUUUUUUUUUCUUUUUCUUCUAUCUUUCUUAUUGCUCCUUCUUUUCUUUUUUUUUUUUAGACAGCGAGUUCUCCCCCAUCAUCAAGUUUUUUUUUUGUCUUUUAUACGAAU